GAGGUACAGCUCAACUCAGUGGUGGUGUGGACACAGUGCUUGAGACAACAGGACCCAGGGGGCAGGCCAGACCAGCUGUGUGUGUGUGGGUGUGUGGUAGGCAGCUGAGACACUCACCCCCAUCUGGCAGUCGAUGAGGAAAGAAGACCUGGCCAAAUAACAUAUCCACUAUCUCCUGUAACUCGGUGAUUAUUAAUAUGAGUGAGCGAGGUAAGGAUGCUGACGAUGAUGAAGCCUCUCCUUCUGUUCUGCGGGAUACUCUUUUCCUCCUGGCGACCGACGACCUCCUACGACCCCCCUGCCAAGAACGACAACAUCCUCCAUCAGGUGACACAAGUGACCCAAGCUGACCUUCAAGUCGACCCUUCCUCUCCCCACCUCCCUAAACACGUGGGGGGCCAAGAGGGGGAAAAAGAGGAACUCGGGGAAAAUAUCAUCUGGGAGGAAAAUUUGACCCUAAACGACCAGAAGGGGAAUUUCUGGUCAACUAGGGGAGAACACGGAGAGAUGAGGAAUAAGAGACAAACAACAUCGAAUAAACAAGAGAGAAUAAAGAGAAAAGAAGUAGAAAAUACGAAUAAACAAGAGAAAACAAAACAGAAGAAGACGCAACGCAACGUAAACACAGACACCAAGAGAGUCACGAACGAAAGACGACUCAAAGAAAAGAACAAAGAAGAGAAGAAAAAGAGAACAAGAAUGCAACAGAGGAAGAAACUGAAGAAGACGUUGCAGGAGGAGAUGAAAAGGAAUAACAGAAUAAGGAGAAUAAUGGCUAAUAAAGGAAGAACAAGACCAAAUAUCGUCUUCAUUUUAGCAGAUGAUUUGGGAUACAACGACGUUCCUUGGCACAACCCAGAUAUCAAGGCCCCCGAGCUGCUGAGACUAGCUCGUCAGGGCGUGGUGCUGGAGAACCAUUACGUCUUGCCUUUAUGUGGUCCUUCAAGGGCUGCCCUAAUGACUGGCAUCUACCCCUUCAGAUAUGGCAAGCAGGCGUCCUCCACCCCACUUAGUCCUACGGGCCUCAACACCUCCUUCACACUCCUCCCACAGCGCCUUCGUCAGUUGGGGUACAACACUCAUCUCGUUGGCAAGUGGCAUCUCGGCUACUGCAGCUGGGCCUACACCCCUACAGAACGCGGGUUCGACUCCUUCUACGGCUAUUAUCUAGGCAGCCAGACCUACUUCACCAGGUACAAGAAACUCGGCCCUAAGAAAGGGUCACCAUUUUGGAGGGACCAAAACCAGGUAUUGGAUGACCACAACCCAUACCGAGGACCUCACCAGGACCCCAUAGACAGUUCCCUGAAGCACCAGCACCGUCUGAAGGAGGCCACGAAGAAGAGGGAAGAGGAGAGAGAGUGGGAGAGACAACCCUGGCUCACACCCGAACACAAUCAACAGGGUGGCUACGACUUCCGCUUCAACCAUAAACCUGUCCUGAACACAUCUGAGUUAUAUUCUAAUGAGCUGUACGCCGCCCGGGCUGAAGAGCUGAUUAAGAGCCAGGCAUCGAGGGGCACCGGCAACCCGCUCUUCCUGAUGCUGUCGCUGCAGGCUGUUCACGGACCUGUCCAAGUGCCCCUCAAGUACAAGCGUCGACACAGAGCCAUCAAGAACCUUCACAGACGAACCUUCCACGGUAUGGUGAGCGCCCUGGACGAGGUGGUGAGUCGGGUGGUGAAACAGCUCAAGAAAUCUCGUCUCUAUGACAACACUAUCAUCGUCUUCACCACUGACAACGGAGGCAACAUUAGAUCAGGGGGUAACAACUUCCCCCUUCGAGGCAGUAAAGGGGGCGUUUUUGAAGGGGGAACUAGGGGUGUAGCCUUCAUCCACUCCCCCCUUCUCCCACGGACCGGCUACAAGUACACUGGGAUGAUGCACGUAGUUGACUGGUACAACACACUGCUUCACGCCGCCCAUGGGACCCCUUCUACAGGAGACGAGAAUAGAACUCCCCUACAGGAUGAUGAACCGCAGGAGGAGGACCUACCUACGUGGGCAAAAUUUUCAUCCUUUAUGGGCCACAUGGGCGUGGUAAACAGCACCAUGGGAGGAGAGGAGGAAGAUGAAAGCGGGAAAAACGAUAGUGUGGACUUGUGGUCAGCCAUCUUAGAUAACAGGGAGUCACCUCGUUCGUCUUUUGUUUACAAUGUGAGGAAGAGACCGCUAAGGGGCGCUAUAAGACGUAAGAACUGGAAGCUGGUGGUGGGUGACGGUGGGCGGUACGAUGGGUGGGUGCCGCCGUCAGAUGUGGCCGGGGGAGUCAGUACUCGUUGUUGCUCUAGCUGGCACGCCCGCACGCCCGCACAUAACGUCAUGCUCUACAACCUCAAAGAUGACCCGCUAGAGACAACGAACGUGGCUUCUCUGAGGCCUGACGUGGCAGCUAACCUGCAAGCACAACUCCGCUCCUACGCCUUCCAGAGCCGUCACCCACACAGUCCUCAAGAUGACCCCAGAGGACACCCCAACCUCCACGGGGGGUUCUUCUCCCCAGGGUGGUGUCAGCCCAUCGUGUGAACCCCUGGGAGUGGACACGAAGCCGCCCUACGAACCCCUGGGGCUACAUGGUUCAAAACACCUCCCUUAAUGGUGUCAUAUUUAUUGAUUUCUUAACUGUUUAUGGAGUCGAGGUUCCGUACAUGUGUUUGUUUACUGUAAUGUUGUGGGACGAGUUCAGAUACACAGGUAAACAACAAAAACAACAACAACAACAUCUUCAUCAUCAAAAUAACACCUGGAUACUCCUCAUUAUCUCAGGUGUACCUUAAUGAACACACCUUAAUCAAUAACUAACCAGAAAUACAACACCGUCACCUUACCUGAACCACAACACAACUCACCUUCAUAACCACAACCUCGAAUGUUUCCUUUAUAACUCUACAAGGUUAUAGGAUACAUCUUUGUACCCUUUUGGGCUUUCAUCUUGAACUAAGGUUUCUCAGAGCCAUUCAUUCCGGCAUAACAUUCCUAUUUCAUAUCGGAGUUUAAACGAUCAGAUUCUCAGAGGCUCUUACGUGAAAAAAAAAAAAAUUAUGGUAAAAAAAAAAGGUGAAAUUUGAUGAUUUAAUUGAUUUUUGUAUUUUUUUAUAUUUUAUAAUUUAUGGUUUAUUAUAUAGAACCAAAUAUAGGUUUAAUUUUGCUUACUGUUUUAUGCUUUGAGGGGGAGGAGGUAAAACGUGUGUGUGUGUGUGUGUGUAUAUCAUCCUAAUGAAACAAACAGUAUUAGUGUUAUACGACUCACUGUACAUACAUACAUACAUAUAUACACGUUAUCUAUGUAUACCUCUACCACUACAUUCACUCAUCAUACACUUAAACAGUCACAGAAUUAGACAGAUUGACGGACAAACAGACAGGCAGACAAACAAAUAGGUGGACAGACACAUGCACAGACAGACGAACAAGUUCACAAACAUAAAGAAAAACACUCAAACAAACCAACGAAAAGACACACAAAUAAACAUACACAGACUCAAACAUACAAACAAACACAUAAUCAGACACAAACACACA